CCGGAAGUGCUUGGGACUUCGGCUGCUUCCUGGACCGUCUAGAGCUAAAUUGAGUUUUGCGUAUCGUAGAGAGUAGCCUCCGCCUUCAAGCCCGCCAGUAGUUGUUUGUCGCCACCGUUGUUCUCGGGUUCUCAGCCGCGGAAGGAUUUAUCAGUCAACAUGUCAAGCAAAAGGGCAAAGACAAAGACCACCAAGAAGCGCCCUCAGCGCGCAACUUCAAAUGUAUUUGCUAUGUUUGAUCAAUCACAAAUUCAGGAAUUCAAAGAGGCCUUCAAUAUGAUUGAUCAGAACAGAGAUGGUUUCAUUGACAAGGAAGAUUUACAUGACAUGCUUGCUUCCUUAGGAAAGAAUCCAACUGAUGAGUACCUAGAUGCCAUGAUGAAUGAAGCUCCAGGUCCUAUAAAUUUUACCAUGUUCCUCACAAUGUUUGGGGAAAAGUUAAAUGGAACUGAUCCAGAAGAUGUCAUCAGAAAUGCUUUUGCUUGCUUUGAUGAAGAAGCUACUGGAACUAUUCAAGAAGAUUACUUGAGAGAAUUACUGACAACAAUGGGAGACAGAUUCACAGAUGAAGAAGUAGAUGAGCUGUAUAGAGAAGCACCUAUUGACAAAAAGGGAAAUUUCAAUUAUAUUGAGUUCACACGCAUUCUUAAACAUGGAGCAAAAGACAAAGAUGACUAAAAGGAAAUGUCAAAUUCAUGCCAACAGUUCUUGUUUUCACUUUGUUUAUUUCUGAGACUUUCUGAUAGAACAUGUUUGCAUGCACUCAGCUUUACAGCUUUUGCCUCUCAUUGUAUUUAUUCCAAGCCAUUUGGGGCACACUUGCACCUCUGUAAUCAGACUGGAAAAAAGGGGGGUUAUCACUUUUUUAAGCUGAAGUAAAAUAGAAUUGGAGAAAUGAUCAUUGACUUGUGAAAGCCUAAAUGGGGGGAAAAUCUCAAUUUCUGGUUUAGCUGGAUUUUUUUUACAUUUUUUGUAUUAAAUACUUUUAAAAUAAAGAUUGUGAACAAAGUAUUUCCACUAAA